GGAGUCGCCAAUUUACUAUCAACUUUUCGCGAGGCACAGUGUUGUGUGGUUCAUUCGGAUUUACCGGACUUUGAGGGAGUUUAGUGUAAACCCCGGUCCAGUCUCCGCAUUUGCCGAGUAAGCUAGCUGCAUGAGCGAUUGCGAGUAUCACGGUUCGAUGUGAGGCGCGAGGAUCAGAACGAGAUAGUGGAACUCGAUCAUCAUUCUACGAAUCACGAGCCUGCCUUCUCAAGCAGAGAAGGGUCUCCUUGCCAAGACCCUGCCAGCCUGUUGUCUCCACCGAAAGUACCAUGGGUGACGUCCAAAGUCGAAGUAUGUGGGUUUCGGACUCUUAUAAAAGCCAUUCCCCGGAUACGAUGGAUUCAUCUUCCCAUCGCCUUCCAGACAGCCCUUGUUGCGAAGUUCAUCCCAGGUUUCUACUUUAGACAGACUACCAACAAUUAUAUCCACCCAACAAUCAUUGCCCAACAUGGUCAAGACGCUCACGUUCGGAAACAUUCAAGUCCCAUCGCCUGGCUUUGGUGCCAUGGGCCUCAGCUUCGGGCUGGGUUCCAAUCUCAGUUACGAAGAAGCUGAGCCGGUGCUCUUGAAGGCAAUCGAGUUGGGAUGUACCUUCUGGGACACUGCCGUUGCCUACCAAGCCGGUGUGAAUGAGAAGCUCCUCGGAGACUUCAUUAGAAAGCACAAUGUCCGCGACAAGGUCUUCAUUGCCUCCAAAUGCGGCUUCGACGUCUUCUCACCGACCCGUGCUGUCACCAACUCUCCCGCUCACAUCAAGCAAUACAUUGAAGACACGACUGAACGACUGGGCUUUACGCCUGAUCUGUAUUAUCUGCAUCGAAUCGAUCCCAACACCCCUCUGGAAGAGUCAAUCCCCGCCCUGGACGAGAUCCGUAAGGCGGGCAAAACCAAGUACAUCGGCCUGUCCGAAUGCUCGGCCGCGACGCUGCGCAAGGCGAACUCAAUUGCCAAGAUCGACGCAGUCCAGGCAGAGUACUCAGCCUUUGAGACCCUGCACGAGACGGAUGGCCUGAUUGAAACCAGCAAAGAGUUGGGUAUUGCCUACGUGGCUUACAGUCCCCUCGGCCACGGCUGGCUUGUUGAUGACUUCCCCUUCAAGACUCCUGACGAUUUUGCGCCGGACGAUUUCCGUCGGACUGUCCCCAAGUUUCAAGGCGAGAACUUCUACAAGAAUAAGCGUAUUGUGGAGGAGAUUCAGAAGCUUGCCGCGAAGAAGGGUUGCACGAUCAGUCAAAUCGCCCUGGCCUGGGUUGCUGCUCAGGGCAUGAUUGCCAUUCCCGGCACGACCAAGGUGCACCGACUGGAACAGAACUGGGCGUCUCGGGAGGUCGACUUGACCGAAGAGGAGCAACAGGAGAUGCGAAAGAUUAUCGACGCUGCUAAGCCCCAUGGCAACAGAUAUGCCCCGGCGCAGCAGGCUAUGGUUGGACAUUAAGCUGAUUGUCUCCUUGACUACGGUCUCAUCAUUCAUUGAACACACUUACGCUUUGUUUUUGAUAUUCGGAGCACAGAGAUGGGACAAGGCCACAUGUAUAUACCAUUGUUACCAAUGUCAGGACCAAGUCGAAG